AAACGUAAGGUGAAAAGUUUUGUAAUCUGGCUUCGUCUUCCCUCGCUGCGGCUUCAGAGAAUCACAACAAUCUCCGCAGCGAUACGUUUCCUCUGCGUUUUUUGUUCGGAGUUGGAAGAAAAGCUUGUAUUGGAAGAAGACUUCGGCUGUUCGACGACUCGACGAUCUCUUCGAUUUUGGCGUCGGAGAGGUGAUCUGCUCGGAGCUUCGGGAUUGGAAUUCUGGUUGUGUAGUUUGAAGCAUGAUUUGUCGCUGAGGAGGGGAAGAGUUGGCGGCGGCGACGACGACGGAGAUGAAGAGGUCCAGGGACGACGUUUUUAUGAGCUCGCAACUCAAGCGGCCCGUAGUUUCCGCUCGAGGAGAGCCUUCUGGGCAACCCCAGAUGAUGGCAGCAGCAGCAGCAGCUUCCCAAAAGUUAACAACAAAUGAUGCCUUAGCGUAUCUAAAAGCGGUGAAGGAUAUAUUUCAAGACAAAAACAGGGGAAAAUACGAAGAAUUUCUUGAAGUCAUGAAAGACUUCAAGGCCACAAGAAUUGACACUGCGGGUGUGAUAGAGAGGGUGAAAGAUUUAUUUAAAGGGCAUCGAGAGCUAAUAUUAGGUUUCAAUACCUUCUUGCCAAAGGGAUAUGAAAUAACCCUCCCACUUGAUGAUGACCAACAACCUCCUCAAAAGAAGCCUGUUGAAUUUGAGGAAGCCAUCAAUUUUGUGAACAAGAUUAAGACACGAUUUCAAGGCGACGACCAUGUUUAUAAAUCUUUUUUAGACAUUCUGAAUAUGUACAGAAAGGAAAACAAGUCCAUCCAAGAGGUUUACCAGGAGGUUGCUGCACUUUUCCAAGACCACUCAGAUUUGCUUGUGGAGUUUACCCACUUUUUACCUGAUACUACAGGAACAGCUUCCAUUCAUCCACCUCACAGAAACUCAAUGCUUCGGGAUAGGAGCUCUGCAAUGCCUACUAUGCGGCAGAUGCACGUGGACAAAGAAAGAAGGACCAUGGGUUCUUAUGCUGACCAUGAUCUCAGUGUUGACCGUCCUGAUCCUGACCAUGAUAAAGCUCUGAUGAAAGCAGACAAAGAGCAAAGGAGGCGUGGUGAGAAGGAGAAGGAGAGGAGAGAAGACAGAGAAAGAAGAGAACGGGAUGAUAGGGAUUUUGACCAUGAUGGCAGUAGAGACCUCAAUAUGCAGCGUUUUCCCCACAAACAGAAAUCUGCUCGUAGGACUGAAGACACUGAACAAUUGCAGCCAGGUAUUUACGGCCAGGAGUUUGCUUUCUGCGAGAAGGUGAAGGAGAAGUUACGAAAUCCUGAAGAUUACCAGGAAUUUUUGAAGUGCCUUCAUAUUUAUAGCAAGGAAAUUAUUACACGCUCUGAAUUGCAGUCUUUGGUGGCUGAUUUAAUUGGAAGAUAUCCUGAACUUAUGGAUGGGUUCAAUGAUUUUUUGGCAUGUUGUGAGAAGAAAGAUGGGUUCCUUGCUGGUGUGAUGAGUAAAAAAUCCUUGUGGAAUGAAGGACAUUUACCCAGAUCGGUGAAGGUAGAAGAUAGGGAUAGGGAUAGAGAUAGAGAUCGUGAAAGGGAUGAUGGGGUUAAAGAUAGAGAGCAUGAAACUCGAGAAAGAGAUAGACUUGAUAAAAAUGGUGCCUUUGGAAUCAAAGAAGGUGGAGGCCAGAAGAGUUUAUAUACCAGCAAGGAUAAAUAUUUGGCAAAACCCAUUAAUGAGCUUGACCUCUCCAAUUGUGAGCGCUGCACUCCGAGCUAUCGUCUCCUGCCAAAGAAUUAUCCAAUACCUUCUGCUAGCCAAAGAACAGAGCUUGGUUUUGAAGUAUUAAAUGACCACUGGGUAUCCGUUACUUCUGGAAGUGAGGAUUACUCUUUUAAACACAUGCGCAAAAACCAGUAUGAAGAAAGCCUGUUUCGGUGUGAGGAUGACAGGUUUGAACUGGAUAUGUUGUUGGAGUCAGUGAACGUAACAACCAAGCGCGUGGAAGAUCUAUUAGAAAAGAUCAACAACAAUACGAUUAAGAUGGACAGUCCAAUUCGUAUUGAAGAUCACUUCACAGCUCUGAACCUAAGGUGCAUUGAGCGAUUAUAUGGUGACCAUGGGCUUGAUGUGAUGGACGUGUUGAGGAAAAAUGCUCCACUAGCUUUGCCUGUCAUAUUGACCCGUUUGAAGCAAAAGCAAGAAGAGUGGGCAAGGUGUCGUUCGGAUUUUAAUAAAGUUUGGGCUGAUAUAUAUGCCAAGAACUAUCACAAGUCACUUGAUCAUCGUAGCUUCUACUUUAAGCAACAAGACACCAAGAGCUUAAGCACAAAAGCCUUGUUGGCAGAGAUUAAAGAGAUUAGUGAGAAGAAGCGGAAGGAAGAUGAUGUUCUUCUUGCUAUUGCUGCUGGAAAUAGACGACCUAUUAUCCCGAAUUUGGAAUUUGAGUACCCUGACCCAGAAAUCCAUGAAGAUCUGUAUCAACUCGUCAAAUAUUCUUGUGGAGAAGUUUGCACAACCGAGCAAUUGGAUAAAGUUAUGAAGAUAUGGACAACUUUUCUUGAACCAAUACUUGGUGUUCCUACGCGGCCUCAAGGUGCAGAGGAUACUGAAGAUGGUGUGAAAGUAAAAAAUCUUGCCGUAAAGAGUGGUUCUGUGAGUCCUGGAGAGAGUGAUGGUAGUCCUGAUGGUGAUGCUACUCUGACGAAUUCCAAACAGUUGAAUUCAUCAAGAAAUGGAGAUGAAAGCAUUCAACCUGAACAAUCAAGCUCUUGCAGGACUUGGACAGUAAAUGGGGCUAAUGGGGUCAAAGAAGAAAGUUGUCUCAACAUGGAUCAUGCUGCACGUGAAGGGGAUACAUUGUACAAUACCUCGCGACAAGGUAAAGUGCAGAGUAAUACAUCUCCAGCUGAGGAAACGUCUGGAGUUAGCAAACAAGACAACUUCAAUGAACGAUUAGUGAAUUCUAAUGUAUCACUUGCCGCUGCGUUGGAGCAAAGUAAUGGAAGAACUAAUUUGGAACACUCAUCAGGGCAUAGUCCUACUCCGUCCAGACCUGGUAAUGGCACUGUUGAUGUUGGGCUGGAGUUACCUUCAUCAGAGGGUGGUGAUUCUACAAGACCAGGUAUUUCCUCAAAUGGAGCAGUAGCGGAAGGCGCCGUAGGUCUCAGAUAUCUUGAAGAGUCUGCUAGACACUUCAAGAUUGAUAGAGAAGAAGGCGAGAUAUCUCCAAAUGGAGAUUUCGAGGAGGAUAAUUUUGCAAAUUAUAGAGAAGCUGGUUCAGAGGCUGUUCAAAAACCAAAGGACGGUACUGUCAGCAGGCAAUAUCAAGCCAGACAUGGGGAAGAAGAAAUAUGCGGUGGAGAGACAGGUGGAGAAAAUGAAGCUGAUGCUGAUGAUGAAGGUGAGGAAAGUGCUCCGAGGUCAUCUGAGGAUAGUGAGAAUGCCUCUGAGAAUGGUGAUGUUUCUGGAAGUGAAUCUGGUGACGGAGAGGAAUGUUCUCGUGAAGAGCAUGAGGAAGAUGGGGACAAUGAUGAGCACGAUACUAAGGCCGAGAGUGAAGGUGAAGCUGAAGGGAUGGCUGAUGCCCAUGAUGUUGAAGGAGAUGGAAUAUCUUUGCCUCUUUCAGAACAUUUUCUCUCGACUGUGAAGCCUCUUGCAAAAUAUGUUCCUCCAGCUUUACAUGACAAGGAGAAGGACUCUCAGAUAUUUUAUGGAAAUGAUUCUUUCUAUGUGCUAUUCAGGCUUCACCAAACAUUAUAUGAGAGAAUACAAUCAGCAAAGAUUAACUCAUCAUCUGCUGAGAGGAAGUGGCGGGCUUCUUCAAAUGAAACGAGCCCUACAGACUCUUAUGCUAGAUUCAUGAAUGCACUUUACAAUUUACUUGACGGUUCUUCUGACAAUACGAAAUUUGAAGAUGAUUGUCGAGCCAUCAUUGGGACACAGUCAUAUCUUCUAUUCACAUUAGACAAGCUGAUCUACAAACUCGUUAAGCAGCUCCAAACAGUCGCCAGUGAAGAGAUGGACAACAAACUCGUCCAGCUUUAUGCAUUUGAAAAAUCAAGAAAACCAGGAAGAUUUGUAGAUGUGGUUUAUCACGAAAAUGCUCGCGUUCUUCUUCAUGAUGAGAACAUUUACCGCAUUGAUUGUGCAUCCUCUCCAACCCGGGUGUCUAUUCAGCUAAUGGAUUUUGGGCAUGAUAAGCCUGAAAUGACUGCUGUUUCUAUGGACCCUAAUUUUUCUGCGUAUCUGCAUGAUGAAUUCCUUUCAGUUCUUCCUGACAAAAAGGAGAAGUCUGGGAUCUUCUUGAUGAGGAACAAACGUAAGUAUGGCAGCGAUGAUUUGUCUGCUAUCUGUGAGGCCAUGGAAGGACUAAAAGUCGCUAAUGGUCUGGAGUGUAAGAUCGCUUACCAAUCAUCCAAGGUCUCAUACGUUUUAGAUACAGAAGACUUUCUGUUUCGUACAAAGAAGAAAAGGAAAAGUUUGCACCAGAACAGUUCAUGCCAUAACCUGGCUAGGUCUUCUAACGGUUCUAGUAGAGUAGAGCGAUUUCAGCGGUUGCUUUCUGGCUCAUGAUAUGUCAUGUUUUGACCAUCAAGUAAAUAUGUAGCAUUUUGCAAGCAUUACAUACAGUGGCGCUGGAAACCCGAAAAAUUUGAGUCGCUGUGAACGAAAAACUUUUUGUGGAAUUACCUUUGUAUUCUCAUAGACCUGUCUCUCCAACCUAAUAAAGAAUUGAUGAGGGAGGAAGGGGGGAUGUGGAUCGAAAGUCGUAUACUUUUGAGUUGGCACUUCGAGCCGCAUUCGUGUAAAUAGAGGUAAUUUGUGUUGUAAACUGGAGAUUCAUUUUAUUGAUCAAUAUUUUUUGUUAAA